GAUUUUGUACCAAGACGUCGUACGAACCAGACACAAUGCGUUUCCUUAAUAUUGAUGUAGUGAUUUUGGUUUUAUUUUCAAUGACAAAGACAGUGACAACGCAGUUCAUCAACUUACCAAGUAAUAUUACGUUACCAGAAAACACACCAGGAGGAAGCACCGUCUUUACAGUUAUCUUAAGUGCGCCUGUGAAUCCUCUCGACUAUCUGAUAGAGUAUUAUCCCACCAGUGCAGCUGACCUGUUUGCUCACGCUUUCGUCCCUAAUGGUGUCGAUGUAUCUGUCAGGAUGGGCGCCAUUUUGGAUUUUGAAACCCUUCCAAACCAGUACCGAAUCAAUGUGAUUGACCUAGCCGCUACAGACGGUUCGGGUGAAGGGGAAUUGCGACCACCUCCUCUGGCUAAAAAACGACAAACGGAGUUGGGUAACUUUGUUAUGGGCGUCCUCACCAUUAACAUCACCGAUGUUAAUGAACCACCAAUCUUUAACGACGCCACAUAUUCUGUCACUGUACUAGAGAGCAAGAUUCCUUUGGACCCGUUUGUACGCCUACCCUCGCCUGCUUUCGAUGCAGAUGUGAACGACACUAUAACUUACGAAAUUAAUAGCAUUUUCCCUAACAUCAAUGGUAAAAUUUUGGCCAUAAACCGCACAUCAGGAAAUAUCAAACUUUUUGGAGAGUAUGACGUUGACAACAACGUUCACCCAGAUGUACUGAUCAUCACCGUAAAAGCAGUCGAUGAAUCUGGUCUAUCCAGCACCGUGAUGCUUUAUGUUAAUAUUUUGGACGUAAAUGACAAUGAUCCCGUGUUUACGGGAACCGGAAAUUACGUCAUAUUACUUCCGUAUGAUUACGCAGGAGUCAGCGGAACUGAAAUAGGAUACGUCCAUGCUGAUGAUGAUGACGGAACGGAUAUUGUUUCAUACAGUCUGGCCACAAGAAAUACAUAUUUCAGCGUAAACAGAAACACUGGAUAUAUUCAGCUCACGAAUCCACUUCCGGUUGAUACGAUAAGUUCAGGAGUGUAUCAAUUUAACAUUCGUGCAACUUCCUUUUCUUUUAAUAGUGAGGGCAGCGCCGGUAGUGCCAUUGCCAGCGUCAAGGUGUUUGUCGUGCCAUUUUGCACUGAUGAGGAGGAGAAUGGCUGUAACCUUUGCAAUGAAUCUUCUUCCGACAAGACUAAUUCAACAAGUCAGACAACGUUACCACCACGAGUAAAUGCUGGAAGUCGAAGAAAACGAGCCGAAGGAGAUAGUACUGUAAACACAUGUCCGAAAACACUAUGCUCACGUUGCCAUGCCUACCUAUCUGAAACGUGUUUGUCGGGUACAGUACCCCUAUCUACCCUUGGGAACUCGCCCACUUGCUCGACGUCACAGACUGGUGACGUAAGCUCUGCUAACAUCCGAAUUUGCUGGAUACUACCCCUGGUGAUUACGGUAGCCGUAGCGGCUGUCAUCAUUGGCUGUUGUUUGUACAAACGACAACAAAAAAACAAGAAUAACCGCGUGAUUGACAUUUCCAACUCCAAAAACACGACAAAACCUGACGUCAUCACAACAAUAGAGCCUACCACGGAGUUGGGCAACUUCCGGAAACCUGUUGUUAUCCAAGGAUGAAAUCUACAAAAUGCGGAAUGGUCAAAGAAAACAGGUGAUUGGAAGAAAAAAGAAAUUUGGAUUGUUUAUUUUUAACGUGGCGUGUUGAUUUUUUUUUAUUUGCAUGAUACAAAUAUAAACACUAUUUAUUCUCCAACAAUUAUGAAACAAGUUUUUGAAACUUCUACUUAACACUCUCGUUUGCCCGGAUGUUAGCACGCGUCCUACUGUGGGAGGAAACCAGAGUACCCGGAAACCCCGGUCAGGCAAUAAUUACACAACCUCAAAAAUGCCAUUCUCGAUACUUCAGGGGUCUCGCUCUAUACACCCUGGCAUAUUAAUAUGUCAUAGUAAAAUUGGAGGUACGCACCAAGAUUUUUUAAUUGGCUUCCUGACCGUCAUCCUCGAUAUCCAGGGCUUACCCUCACUUCUGUUCUCUACACCCCUGGAAUAUGUCAUAGCAAAAUUGAAGGUUCGAUGUGCAGAACCUUGUGGACGAGAGGAGAAAACUUGUUCGAUCCUUUGAUGAACAUCAAAAGAAUCUCGCGGUCACCUAACGGUAAAAAAUUGACAGGCUUUGAAGUCGGGCGUCUCUCCUUUGUAAUCCUCAAAGGAUAGGUAUCAGCCUUGCGAUUGGUCAGGUUUUUUUUUACCUGAGACCAAUCAAACAGCUAUCUUCAUGCCUUCAAUUUUGCUAUGACAUAUUCCAGGGGUGCAGAGUGCGAAAGUGAGCGUAACCCCCGGAUAUCGAGGAUGCCUGACCAUUUGCUAGGCUGAUAUCUGUCCUUAGGAGACUACAGAGGAGCGACAACCGACUUCAAUGCCAAGCCGUGCAGUGAGUUUCAUUUUCGUAAAAGACAAAUUGUCUGAAAAAUCGUCUUUUAUUCAGAAAUAGAAACAUCGCUUUCAUUACCUUUGUUGUGAAUUCGGAACGUCAUUGCAUAAUGUCGUGACGUCAUACUAUGCGUUAAUGUCAUAUUGAAUAUAUCAAAAAUGUUUCUAAUGACUUAAGUUUUGUUGAUCAAAAUGCACGCCUGGCUGUGUGCUUUGAUGUGCCUUGAAUCAAGAAAUCACACCAAGUUAAAUUUCAAAAUUUUCUCUGUGGUGAACUCUUCUGCAAAGGAGGUACAUAUGUAGCUAUAGGUAUGACAGAGCAUUAAACUGUUGUACUUUAUUAUUGUACUAUAGCUAUGAUGAUCAAGACAAUAUCCAUGUAAGCAAACAAUCUGACGGGAUGGUUUCCAUUUAUUUUUUUUAGUUGAUAGUCUUCUGUUGUGUUUUCCAUGUAAAUAGCCGUACAAGGGAGACAACUCCUGGUAAUCUAUCAAAUUAUUUACGUGUAUGCUUGUUGAUAAGAGACUAUCAUAUUUAAAACUCAUAUUUGUGAUAUUAAGUGACUUGAACAAAAUUGGAAAGGACAAAAAUAAUUGUUGUAUAUUCCACAAUCAUUUUGUUUAUAUCUAUUUUUUUCAUCCGUGCUUCGCUGAAGAUUCACUAUAUUUCUGUUAUCAUUCUCAGAAAGAAAAUAAUUAUUAUUUUCCCUAUCGUUUUACCCCAUUAUCAUGAUAUUUUUGCUCAAAGUUAUAUUUCUGAUAUUUUCUAUUUAAUAACGGUACUCUAAGUGAUGUUAUUUAUUUUAUAUCUUAUUGCGGUACAAUUCAUGAUAUACCAUGCGUCUGUACCGGGUCUUUCCACAAUGUAUCAAUCUUACGUUUUCAUUCGACGAAGAAGAUUUAUUAGUUCCUGUUGUUCAACUGGCCUACUUUAAGGUUUGAAUUUCAUUUUGAGGAUUUUUGAUCAGUGAUUUAGGUGACAGUCACACCCAACACAACCGUUCUUUAGGUGCUCAAUAUCCUUUUAUAAUAAAGCACAUUUUAAGAAUUAGUUUUGUAUGCCACCAUUUUUCUGAAAACAACCUACACCUGAAAGGAGCACUCUUUUAAAUCGAACGUUCAGAAUACAGUGAUUUUUGUUUAUUUUACAUAAAACAAUGCCGACGAUGUCGAGAAAAUAAGCAUUUCAAAUGUCUUUUGCAUUUUGACUAUAUGACAUCAUGAUGACAUUUUCCUCUACGAAAUUGUCUCCUGCAGAACAUCUGAAGAGAUCAAAGACAAUGUCCGUGGUUUUGUUAAUUUUGUUUUUCUACACAUUGACCUUUGUUGUACCCAUAAUGUUAUUAGGGGUCAAGAUCAGCAGCCUCGUUUUGAAGCAAUACACUUUUUACGUUAUAUUGUCGUUUAUCCGUCCAUUUAUUUACUUAGAUACGUGUUAUUGAAAUGGCAAUUCAUCUUUCUGUUAUUUACUUAUUUUUUGCUCUGAUUUAUUUCCACUCAUGCUCUGUUGUUAGAAAUGUCUUAAUGUUUAAAUUUCCACUUCCGGUACUUCAUAUGAGAUUACAUAGAAAUCGGUCAUAGAUUGAAAUCAUUUAAACCUCUUUUGUAACUGCUGAUGAAUCCUUUACAUCUGUCAAAAUGACGCUUGAUGGUCUUUUUCAAAUAGCUCGGUGAGUAUAUAUGAAUCAAUCGCUUUAUUGACUAAGAUUGUUGAAGUGUUGCAAGGUUAGCAUCGCUCAUUGUUGAUAUGUUCAAAAUGAUGAAUGUUUUGGUGGUUAUUUUCCUUCAUGAUCUCUACUUGCAAGCGACGGCGCUUUUUACUGGCACGGCUGUAAAAAUACCGAUCAAUCUCGCAACAAUUUAUAACUAACUGAAUUGCUUUAUUUUGAGGAAAGCACAUUUUGUUUUUUUUAGAAUCAUAUGUCUAUUGGAAAUUAUGUAUAAUGCCGUCCAUUAAUUUCAGUGUUUUAUUCAUGUUAUUAGUUGUGAGGAUUUAAAUAAACAUCUA